GAAACCAUAAAGAUAAAAAAAAUGAAGAUGCACGAAAUCCACGUCGACCGAAUCGCAACCGCCAAGUGCCAAGCCACAACGCCACACGUCAGCCCCUAGAAACGGAUUGCCGCUGCCUGCUCCUUCACCAUCUCUCCAUUUCUCAACGACUCCGCCCGCAGGACCAGAAUUAGCUCUCAAACCAUCUAGCUCAUUUCUCUAUCUCAUCAGCACUGUCAUAUCCCGUGGAUCCGAGAAUCCAUCGCCAUGGCUAUUUGCAUCACGUUCGGAUCGCAUGAAUUCACUUCCAUGCUGGAAGGUUACGAGCAUGUUCGUGCUUACUGCUAUAACUGCCAACAUUGGAACGGCCAUUGCGUGACAAGAUGGCCAUGGUUCACUAUCUGCUUUAUUCCAGCAAUUCCGCUCGCAUUUCAUAAAUACAAGGUCCUUCCCCAUUUAUCUCCCCCUCUGGGCUCAAUCCUAACAGCUCAACAGGAAGUAACAUGCUACACAUGCCGCUUUACUCAGGACCUUCGCGAUCGUCCUGACAUCACGCCCGAGACGCGUCCGCCGCCGGGUGUACCGGCAGGGCCGGCGCCUCCGCCGCAGGCUUAUUAUCCGCCUCAGGGCGGUGCGCCGCCGCCUCAGGGGUACGGGUAUAAGUGAGGCUAGGGAUGGGGAGUAAUGAAGGAGGUUGGGAUUGUUAUGUUCUUAGGCGCUUGUUUUGUUUCGACUGAGCUGGGAUGUCGUUUUGUUUUUGUGCUACCGUGAUUGAUUGAAGAUACCUUUUACUUAGUUUAUCUUAUUAUUAUGCCUUGCCUGUGGCUGACUGCUGAGGUUGUUUGUUUGAAUUGAAUUAAUGAGGUUUAUUAUUGUUAUGUUAUUGAAGAACGGGAAGAGAGAGGUCACGUCAUUAAUAAGUAACGAACGG